CUUAAUGCGCAUCACUGUCAUCAAUGAAUUUCGGCCGCAAUAUUUUGUUUAUGUGAAUAUGGAAGGAAAAUGUCUAUGCAUGAGUUUAUUAGAGAACAAUUGACACUUAGUGUCAACACAGCUCUAGAUGAAGUUGUUCCACAUUGCAUUAAGCUCCUGGCCUGGUUAAUGGAAUACCAGGAUGAGGUACAAUCACAAUCACAAUUACAGCUGUCCCAGCCCUUGGUCGAAUGCCUUGUUAAGGCCCAUUUGUAUUUGUACGAGUGUCAAGAUCGUUUUGGGAAAACGCUGACCGAUCGCUGUGAUGCUAAUCAACGUUUCUGGAGUCGAUGCUCAAAUCUUGAGGAUCGCCAGGAAAGGAUACGGGAGCUUUGUUCCAGCAUUGUCAAUACACAAAAUGGGCAUGAGUAUGCAGCUCAAUUAUAUGCCUAUCAUAAGUCCCUUGGCGACAUACAAGCUGGAUGGAGUAUCAUCAAGGAACUUAACUGGAGCCAAAUGCGAGCAAGUGAAUUAAACCCGGUUGCGCCUGCUGUGGAAGUUAAUACUCAUCUGAAACAGAUGCGAUGCCUUGUGAGACGGAUUUGUCGUUUGGGGUCGACUCUGGAUAUAGAAAUUGCCUUACAACGCUCAAUGCGUUUAAUCAAAUUCGAUGUGUGGCUGCAUUUGUUUCGAGAACCUCGGCACAGUUCUAUAUACUGCCAAUGCUAUAUACUGCGUCACAUGAUCUGUGAUUGGCUCCUGCAGGGCGGCGAGGAAGUCGGCCACUGCUCGAAUUUUGUACACAAUAUUUAUGAAUUUGUGAUGAAACCUUCGAAUGAGAAACGUUUCUGGCUUUGCCUCGAUAAUAGAAGGUUGGCUGACAGUUUGUUUGCCUAUAUAACUGGCUAUUGGAAACGACAUUUGUCCUCUAUAGAUAUGGACAAUAUGCAAUUGUCUCAAAGUUCCAUUACCAACAUGACAUUACCUCUGGAUGAAGUUCUCUAUCUAACUCAUUUGAUGUUUGCCCCCAAAUCACCCAGUCGCCAGCAAAUUUAUACGCAACUACGGUCUACUCUCACAUCCUGCACAUUUCUUCGAUUAAAGGAGCUGCUUAAUAAAGUCGCAUUUGUUUAUAACUAGGAAAUAAGUUUUGGUUUUAAUU